CCAGAUAGAACUGGACUGACGUAAUAAUCACCAUUGUCACAAAAAGCCCAUCACAGUUGUUCUUGUUCUUCGGAGACACUGAGCUCAGAGAGAGAGAGAGAGAGAGAGGAGAGAGAGACAACAGUCCAAUGAAUCAACCUGUUCAGAAGAACACUCUCUACGUAGGGGGUUUGGCGGAGGAGGUGAAUGAAUCGAUACUUCACGCGGCGUUCAUACCGUUCGGGGACAUAAAAGAUGUGAAGACGCCAUUAGAUCAGGCGACUCAGAAACACAGGUCAUUCGGAUUCGUGACGUUUCUGGAGAAAGAAGACGCCUCCGCCGCCAUGGACAACAUGGACGGUGCUGAGCUCUACGGCCGUGUCCUCACCGUCAACUAUGCCCUCCCUGAGCGCAUUAAGGGUGGUGAACAGGGUUGGGCCGCUCAGCCAAUUUGGGCGGAUGCGGACACAUGGUUUGAACGGCAGCAACAAGAAGAAGAGAUGCAGCGUAUUCAGGCAGAGAAUCGGGCUACAAUGGAGGCAGCAGAGGAGUUGCAUAGAAAGAAAAUGGCCCAAGAGCGAGAAGGGGAAAAGGAAGAAGAAACAGAUACCAAGGACGACCCAAUGGCGAGGGCUGAAGCCGAAGUUUUGAAACAGGAUAGUUCUUAGUAAUAAGCAUUCAAUGGAGAAACUGUUUCAAUGUCCUAAACCAUUUUUUGCAGAAAAUACUCUUUACAAUGUAAACCAUUUUUUGGUUUGCGUGUCUACUGUUGUGUUUUUUUUUUUCCAACUCUGAUGACUUCAUUCUAGUGGAACAAAUGCUUGCAGUAUUGUACAGAUAACAAUGUUAUUUGUUAACCUACUACUUACAUAUGUUAUUCACCGGUA